AUGUCUUUCCGCAAACGGGGUGUUGUAGUGCCCCAAUCUGGGUCUACCAAUUCCAGCUCCCCUCCUCCAGGAUCAGCCAACAAGCCGACUCAGACACAAGCCCCUCCAGGAACCCGGCCCUCCCCUCUCGACGGCCGUCUUACGACUUCUACCGGCACCCGCUCUCUUGAUUCUCUUCUUGCAGGCCAUUCGGGCCUUGCUCUUGGUAAUUCUCUGCUAAUAGAAGAGAGCGGAACAACGGAUUUUGGCGGCACGCUGUUAAAGUAUUAUGUGGCAGAAGGCGUGGUCCAGAAACAUGUUGUUCAUGUGUUAGGCGUACCAGAGGGGUGGGGUAGGGAAUUACCUGGGCUAGGGUUAGACGACGACGAUGGCAGAAGGAAGAAGAAGGCAGCAGAUGAGGAUAAGAUGAAGAUUGCCUGGCGGUAUGAGAGGUUAGGAGAGUUUGGGGCUGGUGUGGGAGGAGCGAGAGAUAGAAACGUCCCACAAGUGACGUCCGCUACAACCUCUGCGCCGGUCUUCUGCCAUGAUUUCGACCUCAGCAAACGAUUAAUACUGCCUUCCCCUUCGAAUAUGCACUUCGUCACCCUAUCAGUACAGCCGAAUCUAAGCUUCAAAGACCCGGAUACCUCAGUCUCCCCCUUCACAAAGUUCAUUCAACACCUUGCCGCACAAUUAUCCAACACUCCGCCCACGACCAUCCAUCGAGUCGCAAUACCAAGUCUUCUCUCCCCGGCACUCUACCCCUCAUAUGCAUCGAACCCCUCGCACAUCCUCCAAUUUCUCCACGGACUUAGAGCGCUCCUCCGCAAAUACCCCACUCAACUAACAACGCUCAUAACCAUCCCUCUAAGCCUACACCCACGAACGACCGGCCUCACGCGGUGGAUCGAGCUUCUUAGCGACGGUGUCCUGGAACUUGCACCGUUUCCAGCCUCGGCUGUUGUUAUAAAACCCUCAGGCGCAGCAACGGAGCAUGAAGAACCACCGCAGGGGAUGCUGAAAAUACACAGGUUGCCCAUUUUCCAUGAGAAGGGCGGCGGGGGCGGAGAAAACAGUGGUUCGGGGGAUGAUAUGGCGUUUAACCUGAGUAGGAGGAAGGGUAUGGUGAUUAAGCCGUAUAGUUUACCACCUGUGGAGGCGGAUGGGGAGGCCCAGCAAGGAGGCUUGGAGGGUGAUGAUGGGAAGAAGGCAACGAAGGUUGAUCUCGAAUUCUGA